CUACCACACAAAUGCUGUUCAUAUUGACCAUUGAAACAUGACUUUCAGAUGGUAAAGAAACGAAAUUGAACGCAAACUUGAGUUUACGUUUGUUUUACCACUAUUGGUGAAAGAAUGGUGAAAUUUUACUUGUGGUAACAUGUUUCAGACAACUAGGUCUGCUAUUUGACCGAAGGAAUUCUUCAACGAAUUACUCGUGGCACAUUAUUUAUUGGCUUAACUUGAUUCAACUUGAUGAAAAUUUGCAUUCUUUUGGCCUACCAUAAGUAAUUGAACUAUACUUUCUUAUUUUUUGUUUGUUCCGUCUAUUAAGCUCUGCCAUCCUUUAUUGUUCCGACUUUCGAUACGGAAGUUACACAAUAUUUGUGCUCGGUUUUAUUUCUCAGUUCAUCAGCAUGGAAGCUGAAACAGAUAACGAACCUAGAUCGAGUCAAGCCGCGGUUACUUUUAACUGCUCGGUGUGCACGAUGACAAUAACUGAUUUGAAACUGAAGUUUAGAUGUACAACGUGUGAACAAGCGAAAAGCGCCGAUUCCUCCGACCAAGGCUCAGAUUUUCUCAUGUGUGAAAUUUGUAUUCAAACGCAUACAAGGAGAAAACAUGAUGUUUUGGACUACAAACAAAUGAAAGCUAUCGUAUGUCAGCAGCAUUUCGUAGUUUGCAGCUCUUUUUGUGUAGAUUGCGAUCAACUGAUUUGUAAUAUGUGCGUUGCACAAAAACACGCAAUCGAAGGACACCAAAUUGUUCCGCUAGAGAAACAAGCCAACGAAAUAAAAGCGAAAGUGCAUGAAGCUUUAAGCGGUAUUGACAAAGAAUACAAGCCAAUUGUCAAAAAUUUAGCCAGCGCUAAAAAAUUUGCUGAUAAGGUGAAAAAAAUGGGUGUAGACAUGUCACACGAUGAUGGUAUCAAAGUUAAACUCAGUCAAUUGUUUCAAGAUGUUUUAGAAGAAGUAGACGAAGACAUCAAGUCUGUUGUAGAAUCUGCGAGCUCAAAUGAAUCGAGAGCCAACGACUUCGUUAAGAAAUUAGAAGAAGUUCGCGAUUCUGCUGAGUCGAAGCAACGUAAAUGGAGAGAGUUGCUUAGCUUCUCAGAUGGUCGUCUGGUCAAAGAAUUUGAUCUGAAUUCACUCGAAAUUUUAACUGAUGACGUUGAUGGCAGUUUAAUUUGCGAUGAAUCUUUUGGCUCAAACGAAGUUCUUGCUGUCGAAAACAGUCUGAAAGAAUCCUUGGAACUCACUUUGAAAGCGUUCACAGAUGAAAUGGUCGAAGUGCUUACUUCAAUCGCUGAAAGUGGAAUCGAUGGUAAUUCGUCCAAAUUACCAUUACCUGUUGAUUGUAAUUAUUUCAAAAAUUACCCGAACAAAAAAAUUGAAAUGGCGGCUUCUGACUCCCAUUUAUGUAUUGCACACUUCCGUGAAAACAGCCAUUACAUUUCAUUCCAAUUUAUUGACAAGAGUGAUAAAGCAACAUUGAAGUGUGUUAAGGAUGUAGAUGGCAAGUUUUUCCGACUGUUUUCCUGUUUCGGAGGCGUGGUGUUUCAAGUUGGCGAAAAAAGCUACCAUGCUUUCAAGACCUCGGAGGGGAAAAUUCAGCUGGUUGAUCGGUGGGAAAUAGAUGUACCCAACGUAAAAGGAUUCUAUUAUCACAAAGGAGCCUUUCAGCAUCACUUUUAUAUAUUAUCGGCUACAGCAAGCUGGACGUGGCAGUGUGCAGAUAAUUUGCGCGAAGACAUUCGUAUCGGUCCUGCUGAUAAGUUUGCUGUUUCCUCGAAUAUAGUUCCAAAUUCGUUUUACAUGGCGCAUUCCAACCAGCCUGAUAGAAUUAAAUUAUAUAUUAUGAAAGAUCAGCGUGGUCUUAGAGGUGCAGGUCAAUUGAACGCUCAGACUGUUCAGCCUGUCACCAACAUUGCUUUUGAAUUGUUUAAUGAACAACCUGUUCUCAUUGCGUAUUCCAUAUCGGAAAACGAAGUUCGAUUUGCCUAUAUGCAUUACAACGGUGAUUUUUCUACUGGGGAAACUUUCAGCAAAACAGUCAAUUUGAAAUCAGUUUUGGAUAUUCAGUUCUUCAAUUCGGACUGUUAUUUUCUCACGCAGAAAGGAGACGUCAUUCGUCAGAAAAAUUUCUUCACUUAGCUGAGCUGAGAUUCAAAUGAAGCCUAGUGUUUCAAAUAGACAAGUAGAUCGUUCCUUUCAUACAUAUUUCUAUACAUAAUUCUAAUCUAUACAUAUUUCAAUAAAAUGAAUUAGCCGUCUAUUUUUCUAU